AUGUCUAUUCCCAAUCUCUUAGUGCAUUUCCAGCUCCCUCCUCGCCAGGUCUUCGAUUGGCCUCCCGGUGAUGCCUCCCAAGCAGACUUUCCCUAUACACAGGCCAAAGCAACAUGGCUUCACCCGAUUGAAAUUCCCUCCUCUGUCUUUCGCUAUCUUGCAGACGUCAAGGCACCUAUCACAAUAGCCUCGGUCUAUAUGAUGACUGUCAUUUUACUCAACAACUUGAAUAAGACGCGAGGAAGUCGACCUUGGACAUUUGCUACGACAGCGCCUUUCAACUUAUUAGUAAUACUUCACAACAUCUUCCUUGCUGUAUUCUCAGCAUGGACGCUCGCUGGUCUCUGCGUUGUGCUUUGGAAUUGCUGGCCAUCCAUGUCAGAUCCGAACUUUGUCGCUCGUGCUGCGAAUACAAUCUGCCAAAUCACUCCAACGGGUAAACUCGGUUAUUCUGAAAGUCCUGAAAUGCUGGGUAGCAUGCCAAUGACCUUCAUGGAACAUCCGAAUCAUAUAUGGAGUGCUGGUGUUGGCUAUUUCUCAUGGCUCUUCUAUAUAUCCAAGUUCUAUGAAGUGGUUGACACUUUUAUCAUCCUUGCGAAAGGAAAACAAAGCUCAUUCCUCCAAACAUACCACCAUGCCGGCGUCAUGCUCUGCAUGUGGGCAAGCGUCCGAUAUGCAUCUCCGCCUGCUCUUGUCGGCAUUCUUCUCAAUUCCACAAUUCAUACGUUGAUGUACACUUAUUUCUCGAUAACCGCGUUGGGCUUCCGGGUGCCCGUCUCAAUCAAGAGAUCUUUAACGACUUUGCAAAUUGGCCAAUUCCUUCUCGGUGGAGCCAUCGCCGUCUGCUAUCUUUUUAUUGGAUACGACAUUUCGACAAGCCAAGUUACAAACAUAGAAGGGGGCCGCCUGACGCAAUCAAACUAUAGCAAAGUUCAGCCGGUCAUGAGUAACCAUUCUGAUAAUAUAUCUUCUGUGCCCGUUGCUGAGCCGGUUUUCGAGGUCCAAGCAACUCCAUGUCUACAGAAUAGUGGGCAGACACUUGCAUUAUUUGUGACUCUGGUGUACCUGGCUCCCUUGAUUUACCUUUUCGCAUCCUUUUUCAGUCGUUCAUAUGUCAAGCGUGUCAGGAAACUUGAAUCGUAA